AACUAUUUUCCAAGACUAGAGUAACAUAAACCACCGUCAUCGCUGACAACACCACAUCCAACUCCAACUCUAUAAAUAUAAACGCUUCAAAUUAAAUACUAUCUAUCAAUCCAUUUUCCAAUUCAUAAACAACACUACCAAAUCAAAUCAAUGGCCACUAUCGCCGGUCAACAUGUUCGUGCUCCCCCGUUGACUUCAACUUCCGAACAACCACCUCUUUUCGAUGGAACCACCAGGUUGUAUACCAGUUAUAGUUGCCCUUUUGCACAACGUGUAUGGAUCACUAGGAACUACAAGGGGUUACAAGAGAAGAUCAAAUUGGUUCCUAUUGACCUUCAAAACAGGCCUGCUUGGUAUAAGGAAAAAGUAUAUCCUGAAAAUAAGGUGCCAUCUUUGGAGCACAAUGGCAAGGUAUUGGGGGAAAGUCUUGAUUUGAUCAAAUAUGUUGAUGCUAACUUUGAAGGGACUCCUCUUCUUCCCAAUGAUCUGGCCAGGAAGGAGUACGGUGAGAAGUUGUUAUCCCAUGUUGAUACAUUCGUCAAAGACUUGUUUGUUUCGUUAAAAGGGGAUGCUGUGCAACAAUCCAGUCCUGCUUUUGAAUUCUUGGAGAAUUCUCUUGGUAAAUUUGAUGAUGGGCCAUUCUUGCUUGGUCAAUUCAGUUUGGUGGAUAUUGCCUAUAUUCCGUUUGUUGAAAGAUUCCAUGUUGUCUUCGCUGAGGUGUUCAAGCAUGACAUCACAGAAGGAAGGCCUAAACUUGGAACAUGGAUUGAGGAGCUGAACAAGAUUGAUGCUUAUACACAGACAAGAGUGAAUCCUCAGGAAAUAGUUGAUCUUUUCAAGACACGUUUUCUGCCUCAGCAGUGAAAGUUGAGAUAUUCCAAUAAAGCAUCGUUUGUAUUAGUGGGAUGUAUCUUCAAUCAAAAUAUUGGUGUAUUAUAUAGUUGAUGUCAUUGUUAUGUUUCAUUUUCCAGCUUGUUUGUUUGGUGUUGUAAUAAUGUUUAUGUACCAGCUUGUGAGUCAAAAACUAAGGUAGUAUCUAUCUCUCCUUCAGAAUGCAGAACUUUAUUCCAUUUCACAGCUAAUAGUUAUGAUCUUUACCUUGCUGCCUUGCACAAUAAUUUGUUGUUUGUUUAAAUAAUGUACAAUAUGUAAAUAAAGUUGAUGCAGUCUCUGAUUUUCUCAAA